UAGAACGUUGUUUUGGAACGUCCGUCUCCUGCCUGUUUCUUUCACCACAUUUGGUGACCCGGACGUGAUCGCCAACUAGAACGGGUGAAAUGCAGCAAGGAGAGCCUUCGGACCCGCCGCCAGCCACUGUUGCAGCAGCCGCAGUACGCCUUCCACCAUACUGGGACCGCAAUCCGCGAGUUUGGUUCCUGCAAGCGGAAUCACAAUUCCACCUCGCUGGGGUCACCACACAAGGUCGGAAGUACCACCACGUCGUCUCGGCUCUUUCACCAGCUGCAGCCGACGAAGUCUACGACGUUCUGGCAAAUCCCUCUCCAGCAACACCGUAUGACCAACUGAAGAAUGCUCUGCUCCAGCGCACCGAGAUUUCGGAACGCUCCCGCGUGCAGCAGCUUCUCUCGGCGGAAGAGCUCGGGGAUCGGCGGCCAAGCCAGUUGCUGCGACGCAUGACCAAGCUUCUUGGAGAGCGCUCUAACAAUCUGGACGACGUAUUCCUCCGCGAGCUGUUCUUGCAAAGGCUACCUUCCAAUGUCCAGAUGGUUUUGGCAACAGCAACAACGUUGGACCUCACCGGACUUGCCGCGCUGGCCGACGCCGUGAUGGAGGUGACCACUCCAUCCGUCGCCAAUGUUACCGUGGCUCCACAGCAACCAACAGCUCUGGACUCUGGAUCGGCCGCUAACAGCCAGCCUCCCCAGGCCAACAUCGAGCAGCUUUGCCAACGUUUGGAGGAGAUCGUCGUCGCAGCUACACGAGGCCGCACCCCGCACCCUCGUGAGUCACAUCGCAGACGUUCGACGUCUCGUCGGGCACGCGGCGAAUCGACAUCUCGUCGGACACGCGGCGAAAACACGCGAUCACCGAGCCCUGCCGGGGUCUGCUACUACCACCGCCGCUUCGGUGCCAACGCCCGGCAUUGCCUUCGCCCCUGUUCAUGGCAGGGAAACAGGCCGGCCGACCUCUAGAGGCGACGAGUGGUCAGGGCCCCGACGAAAGUCGCCUUUUCUACGUGUGUGACCGAGCCACCAAGAACCGGUACCUCGUCGACACCGGAGCCGAGGUCAGCGCAGUUCCAGCAACGCGUGCCGACCGUUCCUUGACACCGAUCUAUUUUCUACGCGCAGUGAACAACAGCGCGAUCCCAGUCUACCGAGAACGGUCGAUCACCCUUAACCUCGGCCUCCGGCGGGUUUUCCGGUGGAUCUUCCUGGUGGCCGACGUCAGUCAAGGAAUUCUCGGCGCGGACUUUCUCAACCACUACAAGCUCCUCGUGGACGUUAGAAGCAGGCGACUGAUAGACUCCACCACGCGACUUUCCAUCCAUGGUAUCGCAACGGACGACAAUGCAGUCUACACCUCUGCCUGCACGAUCCCGGAAGAAGCGUUCAAGACUUCGCUGAGUAAGUUUCCGAGCC